GGAUACUAUCUCGGCCAUGCCAUCGGGUUCUUCUGUUCACUGGGACGGGGCACAUCUUCUGCUUCUCUCUCAAGUUUUCAACUUGGGCCAUCGAGCAUUUUCAAUCUCAGGUUGGUCAAUCUCGAGCUCUUUUCACAAGAUUCUACUUUAUACAUGCGCCAAGAACAUGAAUGAGGGUUGAUACAGUGGUUGUGGUUUCAUGCAUAUACAUUCAUCAAUAACUAGCUUGAUCAGACAUGGCUGUUGUUGCUUGGUGUUGCAUUUUAGCACCAUUUAAUAUGCACCAGCAUAGACGCUGUCUUCUUCCAGGUUCUGGAUUAGCACCCAAAGCAGGGUGAAUAAAAUCCAAUGGAAGGAUCACGAACCCCUUUACUUCCAUCUGAUCUUCCAGAAUCGACCUCCUCUAAUAAUACUGGGAGUGCGAAUUUUCAUGCACAUGGAAUUCGUGGGUGGUCCGGUAUUCAGGGACUGAAGAAGAGAGGUCAUGGAAGUCGUUCAUGGAUACAGAUUGAUCCACUUGGGAACACAAGCAUUUUGGAGCUUGACAAGGCUACUAUAAUGAGACAUUGUUCUUUGCCUGCCAGAGAUCUCCGACUUUUGGAUCCUUUGUUCAUUUACCCUUCUACAAUAUUAGGAAGGGAGAAAGCUAUUGUUGUUAGUCUUGAACAGAUCAGGUGUAUAAUCACAGCUGAUGAGGUUAUCCUGAUGAAUUCUCUGGAUGGAUGUGUUGUUCAGUACAAGUCUGAAUUGUGCAAACGCCUACAGUCAAACAAAGAUCAAUCUGAUGACUUGCCUUUCGAGUUUAGAGCAUUGGAGCUGGCUUUGGAACUAACCUGCUCGUCUCUAGAUGCCCAGGUAAAAGAACUGGCAAUGGAGAUAUACCCUGUGCUGGAUGAACUAGCAUUAUCUAUAAACACUCUUAAUCUAGAGCGCGUGCGUAGACUCAAAGGGCACCUCCUUGCCGUGACGCAACGAGUUCAUAAGGUCCGUGAUGAAAUAGAACAUCUCAUGGAUGAUGACGGUGACAUGGCCGAGAUGUACCUAACUGAGAAGAAACAAAGGUCAGAGGGUUAUCCCCUAAGUGACCUUGGUUUUCAAACUGACACCUCAAGUAUGGAAAGAGUGGGCUCAAAAUCUGCUCCUGUUUCUCCAGUGGGGUCAAUCAGUGGAGCACAUAAAUUGCAAAGGGCUUUUAGCAGUAUUGUGAGUUCAAGCAGACCCAGCUUAAUGAGUUCAUCUAAUAGUGGAGAAAACAUUGAACAACUGGAAAUGCUGCUUGAAGCAUACUUUGUUGUCAUUGACCAUACUCUCAGCGAGGUGUUAUCGCUAAAAGAAUACAUUGAUGAUACUGAAGAUUUGAUUAACUUUAAACUGGGCAAUGUUCAGAACCAUCUGAUACAAUUUGAGUUGCUUCUUACAGCAGCUACUUUCGUGGCCACAAUUUUUGCUGCAGUUACAGCAGUUUUUGGAAUGAAUUUUCCCGAUUCUAUUUUUGAUAAUCCAUCGACAUUCAGCUGGGUUCUCAUUAUUUGUGGUGUUGCCUGUGGGUUCUUGUACUUCUCUUUUCUACUUUAUUUUAGGUACAAAAGGAUCUUUCCAUUGUAAAGUAUAGAGAGAAAACUAAAUCAAUGAGAAUGAAGACACAAUCUUACAGUGAAAA